AUGUGGUUUGAUGUUGAUGUUCCUGGUGGACGGGUAUAUAAAGAAAGUAGUUUUACAGAACCAGGCGAGGAUAUUGUUGCAGUAGACAGUCCUAUUGGGCGUCUGGGCCUCAGUGUUUGCUAUGAUUUGAGAUUUCCUGAGAUAUACCAAUUGUUACGUUUCCAACAUGAAGCACAGGUACUAUUGGUACCUUCGGCAUUCACUGCAGUGACAGGUGCAGCACAUUGGGAGAUUCUCCUUCGUGCUCGUGCAAUUGAGACUCAAUGUUAUGUCAUUGCUGCUGCUCAAACUGGCAAACAUGGUGACAAGAGAGAAAGCUAUGGUGACUCAUUAAUUAUCGACCCAUGGGGGACAAUUGUUGGCCGAUUACCAGAUCGUUUGUCUACAGGCAUUGUAGUAGCUGAUAUUGAUUUAUCAUUUGUUGAUUCAGUCAGAGAGAAAAUGCCAAUUGCCAAGCAAAGGAUGCCAAUUCACUUCUGGAAAGCUGCAUCUCUGUAG